AUGCAACUCGGCAGCAUCUACCUCAAGGACAAGGAGGCAGCCAUCCCCGAGGUUAGGCGGCUGCUUGACACCUACAAGGUGGUGCCGGGGGCCAUGGUGCCCAAGAAGCAGGUCUACGACGCCUACCGGGCCUUCUGCGCCAGCUGCGACUUCGAGCCGUCCGAUGUGUCAUCGUUCGGCAAAAUAUUCAAGCGCGUCUUCCCCGACGUGGAGCGCAAGCGGCUCGUCAAGGGCUGGCACUACAACAACCUCGCCCCGCGGGCCAACGACACCACUCCAUCGUCGUCGUCAUCGACAUCCACCGCUGGUGGCACCGAAGAUUCGUCGCCGGCCGCAGCGCCAGGCGAUCGGCUGUACCACUCGGACCCGGUGGUGCCCACGGCCUCGUCGCGCGGAGGGGCACGGCGGCACCUGACCACCCGACCACUGUCGCCGCCGCCUCCGCGACCCCACUCGCGCAGCGCGUCCCCCGUGUCAGGGGCCGCCACCCACUUCACCACCAGCUUCACCGCCAUCCCUACGCCGCGCUCGCGCUCGCCUUCGCCAUCUUCGGCGAUCGUGCGACGCGCCCACAGCCAGUCGCCCUGUCGCCCCAUCUCAUCCAUCCACUGCCGCUCUACCACCCCCCAUCCUCAAAUCUCCAGCCACCUCAUCAGCAUCAUCAUCAACUUCCACAACAUCCACCUGCUCCACAUCAGCAGCAGCAUCAACCCCGCUGCCUCAUGA